GGUCGAAACUGCGUGGGAAGAGUACCUUACGGUCUUCAUAAAAUAUGUUUGUUUUUCAGAUACAAAAUCCACAUUAAAAAUCGAAUCAACAUGGGUUAUCCCUUAUUACUGCUAGAGGACCAAUUAGAAAUAUGAUGGAAGAGAAAUUUGUUGUAGUUUCUCCAGCAGCAGACAUGCACGUUCGCGAGUUUAGCUGAAGGUGAGGACAAUAGGACUGCUGCUUUCAUGACGCAUUGAACGGAACACAGUGUGAAAGCAGGCUGUAAAACCCCAUAGUGUGACGAUGGACCCACUUCAAUCUGGGGGAAAAUACAAUCCAAAACAUCGGGAUGAUGCCUCGGAACAGUCAGAGCACUUUCUUCCAACAUUUGAUGGAAAGAAGGUGGAGAAGAGGAGACCAUCACGCAGGGUGCUCGUUGGAAUAGGCCUACUCAUAGCCAUAGCAAUCAUUGCAUUAGUUACAGGACUACUAGUGUGGCAUUUUCAAUUCAGACCAAAUGGGAGGGUGAGGAAGAUGUUCAGUGGUUAUUUGACCAUCUCCAGUCAGACAUUCUCUGAUGCUUAUGAAAACUCGAACAGCACUGAAUAUAAAGAUUUGGCCUCAAGGGUCUCAAAGCAGUUCAAAACUAUAUACAGUCAAGUUCGCGUGCUGUCAAAGUACCAUGUGGGAUCCAGCGUGCAAGGUUUCAGUGAGGGCAAUGCUAAUGGUAUCAUUGCAUACUACCUGUCUGAGUUUAAUGUGCCAGAGGCCCAAGUGUCUGCUGUGGAUGAGGCCAUUGCAUCCAUGGAUGGGACAGAAAAUGCAAGGAAAAUCCGGAGGGGGUUUGGUCGCAAGACUGACAAUAGCCUCAUCAUUGACGGAAUGACAUCUGGGGCUGUGGAUGCUCGGCUAGCUGGCAGAAACCUCAAACGUUCCAGUAAGAGGUCUCAUCACGCCCAUGAAAACCAGACAGACAUUAUCCGAUCUCCAGGUUUCCCUAAUUCCUCCUACACUGCCAACCUUUAUACUGAGUGGCAGAUUCGGGCCGACCCAGAGCACAGGAUUAGACUGGAGUUUGAUGUCCUAGACCUAGAGAAAGACUGUCGUAAUGACUUCAUCAAAGUGUAUGACUCGUUAGCCCCAUCAGAGAAGCAGGUCAUAACAGAGAAAUGUGGAUAUCGCUUACCCAGUGAGAAACUGAUUUUCAUCUCAUCUGGGAAUGUCAUGCUGGUUACACUGGUUACAAAUGAAGAAAAAAACUUCCCAGGUUUCAGGGCAUUUUACUCCCAGAUCCCAGCAAAUAUUGGAGAGUGUGGGGGGAAACUAACUGGGAUAAGUGGUACCUUCACAUCACCUGGCUAUCCCUCUCAUUACCCACCUCAAAUUGAGUGUGUCUGGAACAUUGAGGUUCCCAAAGGAAAGCAUAUCAAAGUGAAGUUUAACAAGUUCUCUAUACAUAACCCUGAACAGAACACUAUCACCUGUCACACAGACUACUUGGAGUUAAACUACAGGAUAUGUGGAGAGAAGCCACCCAACACUGUGAACACUAUCAAAUCAAACCAAGCAACGGUCAAAUUUUAUUCAGAUAUGUCUCAGGUGGGCGAGGGCUUUUCUGCAAACUUUGAAGCCUUUGAACCCACUAAUCCCUGCCCUGGGAAGUUCCAGUGUGACAGCGAUCUGUGUGUAGCCUCUAAUCUACAGUGUGAUGGCUAUAAUGACUGUGGAGAUAUGAGCGAUGAGAGGGGCUGCACAUGUACUGAGUCUCAAAUCAAAUGCAAGAACGGCUUCUGCAAGCCCCGUUUCUGGCGUUGUGAUGGGGUAAACGAUUGUGGGGAUAACACUGAUGAGGAAAAUUGUGGAAAGUGUAAAGCUCUAGAGUUCAGUUGUCGAAACGGGCGCUGCAUCCCAGCACAGAAGCAGUGUAAUGGCUACAAUGACUGCGGUGAUGGCUCUGAUGAAUCCCAGUGUGAGAAAUCCAUAGUUGUACGCUGCUCUGAUGCCACUUACAAGUGCAAGAAUAACCAGUGCAUUAGCAAGCUGAACCCUAUGUGUGACGGAGAGAUGGACUGUGUAGAUGGUUCGGAUGAGAAUGAGUGUAAUUGCGGAAUGAAACCUUACAAGGCCAGUCGUAUUGUGGGUGGAAAGGACUCAAAUGAGGGCGAAUGGCCCUGGCAGGUCAGCCUCCACAUGAAGACGCAGGGUCAUGUGUGUGGGGCAUCUGUUAUUAGUAACCGCUGGCUUGUCACUGCUGCACACUGUGUGCAGGACAAUGACGAAUUCAAAUAUUCCCAGCCUGACCAGUGGGAGGUCUAUCUAGGUCUACAUACCCAGGGUGUGACCAGUAAGUCAAUCCUUAAACGUGUGAAGCGCAUCGUCUCUCACCCUCAAUAUGACGCCACAACCUAUGACAAUGAUAUCGCUCUAAUGGAGCUGGACAGCCCUGUGGCUCUCAAUCAGAACAUCUGGGCAAUCUGCUUACCUGAAGUGACACAUGACUUUCCAGCAGGGAAAGCUGUAUGGAUAACUGGAUGGGGAAAACUGAGAGAGGAAAUGGAUUCUGUUGCAUCAGUGUUGCAAAAGGCUGAGGUUCGCAUUAUUAACAGCACUGUGUGCAACAAGCUGAUGGAUGAUGGGAUAACACCACGGAUGAUCUGUGCAGGCGUACUGAGCGGAGGCGUGGAUGCCUGUCAAGGUGACUCAGGUGGUCCCAUGUCCUCUACUGAGAUCAAUGGGCGUGUGUUCCUUGCUGGAGUGGUAAGUUGGGGAGAUGGCUGUGGCCGUAGAAACAGGCCUGGUGUCUACACACGAGUCACAGAAUACCGCAGUUGGAUCAGACAGAUGACGGGGGUAUAGGCUCUGCUUUUGCCUCAGGACUUUACAUUGGAUGUUAAGUAAGGACCAAACACAGUAGCACAAAUGUUUAUCAUACAAAAGAACUGAAACAAAUAGCAUAUUCCCAACAAUAUGCAAAAUCAACAAAAGCAGAAGUGUGAUCAUUUACCAGCCAAAAACAUGAAACAAACACUGGGCCAAAUGAAUGAAUUUAUGCCAAAAUACUGUAACUUUUGAUUGGACAUAUGGCCUUUGAUGUCAACAACAACAAAAGAGCAUUCCUCCUCCCUUUUGAAUGUUCAUAAGCCUAUUUAUUUUGCUAUCUUAACUGUGCAUGAUUGUAUGGUUAGUGCAUUAAAACAUUUUCAUUUAGCUUUGUUUUUUGCCUGCCGGUUGUGAUAUCAGAACAGAUCGCAAAUCAUUUUUGGUCACAACCCACCAGCUGACAACCACCGAUAUAAACAAUAGGCUGAAGCAUGAGAACUUGUAUUUAGGGUAAUUGGGGUAAAUCAAGUCAAAGAAUCUUAUUUUAUUAACCAUAAUAAUUCCUUUCAGGCCUUAUCGUGACAGUGGUGGACAGUAAUUCCUGUCAACAUCAUGUAUAUCAAAUGUCCGCAAAAACUAAAACUAAAAAAUGUAACUGUUUAUUUAACUGUUUUAAUUGGCUUUUAAAGUUAUGUCUCUGUUUUCUCAGAAAAAUCAGCUCUCACUAUUUCUUCAUAUCUUUAUCUGUAUUUUUAAACAUUUUAAAAUGCCAUUUGUCUAUAUAGACUAUUCAGUUUGAGCCUCAAUUAAUUUGUUGCACUUGCUUUGGAAAAAAGCUAUUCUCAAUCAAAUGCCACCUUGCUUUUUAAGUGCUUCUCAGGAACAUUUUUGUAAUUUAAUUGUAGGUGUAAUGCUUUUAUGUGUUUAUGUUUUUAAGUGUAUUUUUGGGAUAAAUUAUAUAUAUAUAUAUAUAUAUAUAUAUAUAUAUAUAUAUAUAUAUAUAUAUAUAUUAAAAUAUUCAUUUGUUCUGGACUGUUAAUUUUUUGCUUGUAUAUCAUUCUAAUGUAAUUUGCAUGCUGGUAAAAUAUUUUUUUCUUCUGUAAGCUUCAUACAUCAGAUACAGACUAUUUUAUUUGUCAGAUAAAUGUCUAUUCAAUCAGUGUGUAACUGUGUAUAUAUAUAUAUAUAUAUAUGUACAUUUGUGUUCUGAAGCCUUACAUUUUUUACAUAUAAUAGAAAUGUUAAAACUUUUUUUAUGUAAUGUUUAGACAUUUUGUACAAUUUGAACGAUGUAUAUAUUUGGAUUUUGCUGUCUUGUUUACAUUAUGAUCUUUUUUUUUUUUUUUUUGCUGUUAUCCUUAUCUGUGGCCUUUAAUUAAAAUGUUAUAUUUUUAUUUCUGUUAAAGGGAUAGUUCACCCAAAAAUGAAAAUUCUCUCAUCAUUUGUCCAUAGGUUCAUACAAAGCAAGUGAAUGGUGACCAGAAUUUUCAAGCUCCAAAAAUCAGAUAAAGGCAGCAUAAAAGUAGUAUUGAUCUGUUUCUCACUCACUUCUAUUAUAUAGCUUCUGAAGACAUUGAUUUAACUACUGGAGCAAUAUGGAUUAAUUUUAUGCUGCCUUUAUGUGGUUUUUGGAGCUCAAAAGGUCUGGUCACCAUUCACUUGUACAGUUGAAGUCAGAAGUAAUUAAAACUAAUUUUUUAACCACUCUACAGAUUUAAUAUUAGCAAACUAUAGUUUUGACAAGUCAUUUAGGACAUCUACUUUGUGCAUGACAUGAGUAAUUUUUCCAACAAUUGUUUACAGACAGAUUGUUUCACUUUUAAUCGACUAUAUCACAAUUCCAGUGGGUCAGACGUUUACAUACACUACGUUAACUGUGCUUUAAGCAGCUUGGAAAAUUUGAGAAAAUGAUGUCAAGCUUUUAGACAAUUAGCCAAUUAGCUUCUGAUAGGAGGUGUACUGAACUGGAGGUGUACCAGUAGAUUUAGAUUUAUUUUAAGGCAUACCUUCAAACUCAGUGCCUCUUUGCUUGACAUCAUGGGAAAAUCAAAAAAAUCAGCCAAGACCUCAGAAAACAUAUUGUGCACCUCCACAAGUCUGGUUCAUCCAUGGGAGCAAUUUCCAAACACCUGAUGGUACCACAUGCAUCUGUACAAACAAUAGUACGCAAGUAUAAACACCAUGGGACCACGGAGCCAUCAUACCGCUCAGGAAGGAGACACAUUAUGUCUCCCAGAGAUGUAGUUUGGUGUGAAAAGUGCACAUCAAUCCCAGAACAACAGCAAAUGACCUUGUGAAGAUGCUGGUUGAAACAGGUAGACAAGUAUCUAUAUCCACAAUAAAAUGAGUCCUAUAUCGACAUAACCUGAAAGGCUGCUCAGCAAGGAAGAAGCCACUGCUCCAAAACCGCCAUAAAAAAGCCAGACUACAGUUUGCAAGUGCACAUGGGGACAAAGAUCUUACUUUUUGGAGAAAUUUCCGCUGGUCUGAUGAAACAAAAAUUGAACUGUUUGGCCAUAAUGACCAUCGUUACGUUUGGAGGAAAAAGGGUGAGGCUUGCAAACUGAAGAACACCAUCCCAACUGUGAAGCAUGGGGGUGGCAGCAUCACGUUGUGGGGUGCUUUGCUGCAGGAGGGACUGGUGCACUUCACAAAAUAGAUGGCAUCAUGAGGAAGGAAAAUUAUGUGGAUAUAUUGAAGCAACAUCUCAAGACAUCAGCCAGGAAGUUAAAGCUCGGUUGCAAAUGGGGCUUCCAAAAACCCAAAAGGGUUCCCCAAGCAUACCUCCAAAGUUGUGGCGAAAUGGCAUAAGAACAACAAAGUCAAGGUUUUGGAGUGGCCAUCACAAAGCCCUGACCUCAAUCCAAUAGAAAAUUUGUGGGCAGAACUGAAAAAGCAUGUGCGAGCAAGGAGGCCUUCAAACCUGACUCAGCUACACCAGUUCUGUCUGGAGGAAUGGGCCAAAAUUCCAGCAACUUAUUGUGAGAAGCAUGUGGAAGGCUACCCAAAACAUUUGACCCAAGUUAAACAAUUUAAAGACAAUGCUACCAAAUACCAACAAAGUGUAUGUUAACUUCUGACCCACUGGGAAUGUGAUGAAAUAAAUAAAAGCUGAAAUUAAUCAUUCUCUCUACUAUUAUGCUGACAUUUCACAUUCUUAAAAUAAAGUAGUGAUCCUAACUGACCUAAAACAUUCCCUGUCUUCUACGAUUAAAUUUCAGGAAUUGUGAAAAACUGAGUUUAAAUGUAUUUGGCUAAGGUGUAUGUAAACUUCUGACUUCAGCUGUAUUGUAUGGACCUACAGAGCUGAGAUAUACUUCUGAAAAUCUUCGUUUGUGAUCAGCAGAAGAAAAAAAGAAGUUAUACACAUCUGGGAUGGCAUAAAAGUGACUAAAUGAUGAGAGAUUUUCAUUUUUGGUUGAACCAUCCCUUUAUUUCCUUAGUCGGGGAUUGCCAUUCCCAUAAUGUGCCUUGCUAUUUCAGUGGGAUCUUUGAUAAACAUUAACCCUUGUGCGUCAAUAAAAAAAAGAGGUCCUUAGAGGACAAAAAUGUCUGCGUCAAAACAAUGCUAUAAUAAUAUAAUAUAUUCAUAUUAUUUUUCCACUUUCAAUUAGUUAUUUUUUUUAACCAACAUCAGUCCUGAUCAUAACUACCAAAUAUUCAUUCAUUUUCAGGAUUUUAACCAGGAUUUAAAUGCCAGUUUGUUUACAUAAUGCCACUGUUGUUUUACACACACACAUACACACAAAUUACUCAAUACACGCAUACAAAACACACUCUGACAUCCAUACAAACACACCCACACAAUUUUAGCUGCAUCAUUUAUUCAGUUGACCUGCAGUGCUCUAUAAUACAGCAAACAGAAAAUAGGAAAAAAACAUGUAUUUGCUCCAUAGGCUAAACAUGAGAAAAAUGGCGCCAUCUGGUGGAAAAUAUUAAAAAUUUUAUUUUUGAAGCCAGGGCUCCGGUGUUGUGUCGAAGUUUGUUUCCCCGUCGGAUUCUGUUUCCCCCUUGCCCCGCCCCCGUCCUAACGGCAAAGGAAGCGCACAUUCUCAAAAAGCUCGCCCCCGAGAUGCUGUGCUCGUACCACUGAGGUCUACGGAGAGCGCUUAGGCUCAAAACUAGAGUUUUGAACGCGUUUUAUCUGUAGAAUGUUGUAUUCUAGAAGUGAAAGGCAAAUCUCAUGACUGUCUAGUUAUAUUUUGGAAAUGGGGUAACAGAACCCAUGUUUGUUGUAUUUUUUAUGUCUUUAUGAACACAACCACCUACUGUUAUUUCUAUCAAUAAAUAAUAUUA